GCCAGCAGCUGGCCUGUGUGGGAGGAGACGUGACAGCUCCCCGCGGCGCGCUCAGCUGCACAGCACCACCGGCAGGCGAGAACAUGAGCCCACUGAACACUAGCAGCACAGUGAACGCUAGCAGGAGCUGCUCGUUCCGGGACGUGGAUGAGCUGAUGCGCACACUGCAGCUGGCUGUGCACAUUCCCACCUUCCUCCUGGGCCUGCUGCUCAACCUGCUGGCCAUCCGUGGCUUCAGCGGCUUCCUGAAGAAGAGGUGGCCGGAGUACGCAGCCACCUCCAUCUACAUGAUCAACCUGGCUGUCUUUGACCUGCUGCUGGUGCUCUCGCUGCCCUUCAAGUUGGUCCUGCCGCAGGUGCGGUCCCCGACGCCGGCCUUGUGCACACUGGUGGAAUGCCUGUACUUUGUCAGCAUGUAUGGGAGCAUCUUCACCAUCUGCUUCAUCAGCCUGGACAGGUUCCUGGCCAUCCGGUACCCACUGCUGGUCAGCCACCUCCGGUCACCCUGCAAGAUCUUCAGCGUCUGCUGUGUCAUCUGGGUCCUGGUGUGGACAGGGAGCAUCCCUGUUCACAGCUUCCAUGGGCAGGGAGAGAAGUACACCUGCUUCCACAACAUGUCGGACAGCACGUGGAGCGCCAAGGUCUUCCUCCCCCUGGAGGUGUUCGGCUUCCUGCUGCCCUUGGCCAUCAUCGGCUUCUGCUCUCUGCAGAGCAUCCGUGUUCUGCUGAACCGCCGUGCCUGCACGCAGGACUGGAAGCAGCAGAGGGCCUGCAUCUGGAGCAUCGGCGCCAGCCUGGCCGUCUUCAUCGUCUCCUUCCUGCCCGUGCACCUGGGCUUCUUCCUGCAGUUCCUGGUGCGCAAUGGCUUCAUCGGGCACUGUGGAGCCAAGCAGAGCAUCAGCUUGUUCCUGCAGCUGUCGCUCUGCUUCUCCAACAUCAACUGCUGCCUCGACGUCUUCUGCUACUACUUCGUCAUCAAGGAGUUUCGCACCAACAUCAUGGCCCACCGGCCAUCCAGGGUGCAGCUGGUCCUGCAGGACACUGUGACCUCCAGGGGCUGAAGGCAGGGAGCCCCACACAGAGCAAGGAGACCCCGGCCCUGAGCUCCCGUGUCAGCUGCGAUGGGGCGGGUGAGGGCCGCCCAUCCGUGGCUGUGCUUCCAUGUUGAUGCCCACGCACCCACCCAGCGCCAGCUUCCUUUGUUACUCCCAGAGUCCUCUCAGUGGCAUGAACUGUUUGGGGCUUCUCAGAUGAACCGGAAGAAUUCCUGAUGCCGAUGGCCAAGACUAGGGAGGGAAGAGUAUGAUCACCCCAGCGAGGCCGUUGCCCAACUCUCCCCAUUUGUCUAUUGGGGAAGAUUCCAGAACGAAAGAAGUGUUACAGGAAAGACUCAAUGGAGUCACUCCAAGUGGCACAGACGGGAUGGUAGGACCAGGUCAUGCCCCUUUCUGUCUGGGGAUCCCAGCAUGGGAUCAGACUUUGGUGUGUUGUCUGGCACAGCUCUGUCAGCUAACAGCCAGCCCAGAAGAGGAGAGCAGGUGGGUGUGGCCAGGGCAGGGCAGGUAUUGGCAGGUGGUCCCAAGUUUUUCCCCAGGGCCAAAGUUUACUAUGCCUCUGGGAGGAUGGAGGAAAACGGAGGGCCCUGGUCCGUGCCCCAGGGCCCUAGGAAGCAGUAGACACUUGGUGGCAGCCGGGGGUAGAGAACUCUUAGGCACUGUCGACACCCAAGAGCCAGGUAGGGCAGGAAGGAUACACCUGGACAGGUGUGAGACCGGCUAGGGGCUGACCACGGCCAUGCAUUGAGGUGUCUACUGUAUGGACACUGCUCGUCUCUCAGGGCAAGGCGAGGCCCUGGCAGAGCUGGGAGACCCUGUGGGUGCAUGUCCUUGAAGACACCGAGAAAGGACUGGUACAGCCACUGGAGAGGGAGGCAUGGCUGGGCAGCUGGGGCUGGGGACCAUCAUGUCCUCGGUCCUCCGAACCAGGCCUUGAGGCAGCAGGGGCUCGGGCCUGCGAAUAAGUAAGCCUGAGCUGAGGCCUCUGGAGCUGCUGCGCCAGCCUGGGCCUUCAUGGGGGACAGUGCAGCUGUGGGUGCUGAGAGAUGCAGCGGCACAGGCUGCUGUGGGAUGAGGAGUGAGCAGAACUGGGGCAGAAAGUCAGCCUGGGAGAAGGACAGCCCCUUGGGGAGGGUGGGGGAGAUAAGAGCUGGGACCCAGGAGUGGGAGAAG